GGGCCCAAUGUCGAGAAGCUGCUCACUAGUUCAGCUCCUAUCGCGCCCCAUGCAGGGCCAUGGGCAAUCUUCGGAGAUUUCAACGCCGCCUCCCAGGAGAUGCGGGCGUGGAUCGAGAAGUGGACCGCGAGAGUCUGCUACCCUGCGAAUGCCGCGCACGCAUCCACGAGAGGAGCUGGACAGAGGAUUCUCGACUAUGUCAUCGCGUCACAGAGUUUCGCAGAUCUGCGCCAGUCCCCAGAGCUGCUCUCCCCCGACGGCGGGGGCCACUACAGCGUGAAGUUCGUUUUGCACUCCGCGCCACUGUUCAACCGGCGCCGGGCGCUGAGCUCGCCCAGCUCUAUGGACGUCGAGGAGACGGAUGUUCUCGAGAUGCUAGAUAACGAGAACGACGCGAAUUCCGCGCAGUCGGUGGUGACUGAGGCCAAGAACGUCGAACCAAGGAGCGAGGUGAUGAACCUAGAGGUUCAGCGCGCCGACCUUGCCGGCGCCAUUUACCCGGAGCAGGCCAAGGAGUACUUGAUCGAGGAGUUCUACGACUGCGACCAGGGCGCCUUGAACCUCCUGUGGCAAGAGGGCGCGUGCCCCGACCUGCAGGAGGAGGUCGCCGAGGGGGAUCAGCGGGGCCAGGCCGGGUUCUUCGGCCCACGGGAGUCGAGCCAAGUGGGCCAGCUUAGCAGGGUGCUCGAGGUCGACGUUGCGCGCGACUAA